GCCCGCAGCCGUGGGGCGGCGUCGCGGAGCGCGGGCGGCCAACGGCUCCUUCCGCCCGUUCCCGAGCUGCUGGCCCGGCUUCCCGGCGCGGGGAGACCGUCCCUGCCCCGGACUUGUGAGGAGCCCUGCGUAUUUCCCCCGCAGUUCAGGUGAGGCGCCCGAGGGGAUGCAGUGAGCCCGGUCGGCUCGGCGCUCGCCCAGCUCCAUCUGAGCACCCUCCAGGGGUGCGGGAAUGGAAGAGCCCGGCUCGCAGCUCGCCCGCGGCGCGGCCUGCCGGGUGUACCCCCGGGAGUGAGCGGGGACGCACAGGCACCUGGUGCGGUACCGGAGGCCACAUGGCGGGAGGACGCCAGCGCCGUAAAUUAGCGAUCCUUUAGGAGCCGCCGGCUGUGGAUGUAAUUGGACGAGCGUGGAAGAGGGCCCUCUUGAAAAAGCACAACAGUUCUCUGAGAGGAGAAAUCCUGAGUUGAUCCGCUUCUGCCAAGACCUGAGAGUUCAGCGUGCUGUACGUUUGCUGUGAGAUGAAAACCGUGUGAAGUAUUCUGCAAGAGCCUAAACGAUGACCACCCCAGCCCUGCUGCCCCUGUCUGGACGUCGGAUCCCGCCUCUGAACCUGGGGCCGCCCUCCUUCCCGCAUCACAGGGCUACCUUGAGACUCUCGGAGAAGUUCAUCCUUCUCCUCAUUCUCAGUGCCUUCAUCACCCUGUGUUUUGGGGCAUUCUUCUUCCUUCCAGACUCCUCGAAACACAAACGCUUUGAUCUGGGUUUAGAAGAUGUGUUGAUUCCUCAUGUAGAUGCAGGCAAAGGGGCGAAAAACCCCGGAGUCUUCCUGAUCCAUGGACCUGAUGAACACAGACACAGGGAAGAAGAAGAACGUCUACGAAAUAAAAUUCGAGCUGAUCAUGAAAAGGCCCUGGAAGAAGCAAAAGAAAAAUUGAGAAAGUCAAGAGAAGAAAUUCAUGCAGAAAUUCAGACAGAGAAAAAUAAGAUAGUCCAGGAAAUGAAGACAAAAGAGAACAAGCCACUGCCGCCAGUUCCUAUUCCAAACCUUGUAGGGAUCAGUGGUGGAGACCCAGAGGAUAUUGAGAUAAGAAAGAAAAGGGACAAAAUUAAAGAGAUGAUGAAACAUGCCUGGGAUAAUUAUAGAACGUAUGGAUGGGGGCAUAAUGAACUCAGACCUAUUGCAAGGAAAGGACACUCCACUAACAUAUUUGGAAGUUCACAAAUGGGUGCUACCAUAGUAGAUGCUUUGGAUACCCUUUAUAUCAUGGGACUUCAUGAUGAAUUCCUAGAUGGGCAAAGGUGGAUUGAAGACAACCUUGAUUUCAGUGUGAAUUCAGAGGUGUCUGUGUUUGAAGUUAACAUUCGAUUUAUUGGAGGACUACUUGCAGCAUAUUACCUUUCAGGAGAAGAGAUAUUCAAGAUUAAAGCAGUGCAACUGGCUGAGAAACUCCUUCCUGCCUUUAAUACACCGACAGGGAUUCCUUGGGCAAUGGUGAAUCUAAAAAGUGGAGUAGGUCGAAACUGGGGCUGGGCAUCUGCAGGAAGCAGCAUUCUGGCGGAAUUUGGUACACUACAUAUGGAAUUUGUCCACCUGAGCUACUUGACGGGGGACCUGGUUUACUACAAAAAGGUCAUGCAUAUUCGGAAAUUACUUCAGAAAAUGGAUCGUCCAAAUGGUCUUUAUCCAAAUUAUUUGAACCCAAGAACUGGGCGCUGGGGUCAAUAUCACACAUCAGUUGGUGGUCUAGGGGACAGUUUUUAUGAAUAUUUACUGAAAGCAUGGUUGAUGUCAGAUAAAACAGACCAUGAGGCAAGAAGGAUGUAUGAUGAUGCUAUUGAGGCUAUAGAAAAACAUCUUGUUAAGAAGUCCAAAGGAGGUCUUGUCUUCAUUGGAGAAUGGAAGAAUGGGCACUUAGAAAAGAAGAUGGGGCAUUUGGCCUGUUUUGCUGGUGGAAUGUUUGCACUAGGAGCAGAUGGUUCCAGAAAAGAUAAAGCUGGUCAUUAUUUAGAGCUAGGGGCAGAGAUUGCGCGUACAUGUCAUGAGUCAUAUGACAGGACUGCAUUAAAACUAGGUCCUGAAUCAUUCAAGUUUGAUGGUGCCGUGGAAGCUGUAGCUGUCCGGCAGGCUGAGAAAUAUUACAUCCUCCGUCCAGAAGUAAUUGAAACCUAUUGGUACCUGUGGCGAUUCACUCAUGAUCCAAGAUACAGGCAGUGGGGAUGGGAAGCAGCCCUGGCUAUUGAAAAGUAUUGCCGAGUCAGUGGUGGGUUUUCUGGGGUCAAAGAUGUAUAUUCCGCUACUCCUACACACGAUGAUGUACAGCAGAGCUUCUUUCUUGCUGAAACAUUAAAAUACUUGUACCUGCUGUUCUCCGGUGAUGACCUUUUACCUUUAGACCACUGGGUGUUUAACACAGAGGCUCACCCUCUGCCUGUAUUACAUUUAGCCAACACCACACUUUCAGGUAAUCCUGCUGUUCGAUGAAAGCAGCUCUAGAAGGACCAUUCUUACCUGUGUUUUGUUUACAUGGACUACUACAGAAACUAGUCUGGAGAGGAGUCUUUGAAAACCUGGACCUCUAAGUCAACAUGACAGGGUGAAACUCUUCCUCUCAAGACUUUCCAACAUGUAAAUAUACCAACUUUGAAAUUAUUCCAUUUUAUACCUGACCAAAACAUGUUCUGGUACAUAUAGGACAGAGACCUGAUGUACUUUGAUUUGUAAUGAGAUGGUCACUUGAGAAACAAUGCCCAUUACUUCUAUAUUAUUAGAGCAAGCCAAGAACAUAGAACACCCUCCAGGAGUUAGAGAUGGCCUUUGGAACGAAUUACAUAUUAUUUGUUUUCCUCCCACGGUGGAGCAGCUUUCAAAUCAAAUAUUUACAUGUUGUUUAUCCCUUUUUUCUCCAUUUUAAUAAUGGAAUAAGCUAAGAUAUACAAGAGCAAAAGAAGAGCGUAACUGUAUCAGUAAAAAGAAGACUCAAAAAGGAACAGAAGUACCGAACCCUGUCUGAAUUUCCAUGUUCCCCAUUGGAUGACUGGACUGGCGACCAUUUCAGUCCCAAUCUAUUUCAUUGAAAUUUCUUGGUUGAAUUUAAUUCACUGGGGGCAUGAUCUCACAAAGAAUACUCUUAAAGUCUUUCUGUCCACAUGGUACCAUUGAAACUGCUAUUUAUCAUCACCAGUGCUUAGGAGCCUAAUAGGUUUGGGAUUUUGUGCAUGUAAUUCAGUAUGGUGUAGGUAGCAUGAUGAAAAGUGGGGAAAAUGCCAUUUUGUUGCCUUGAAACUCGUUCUUUCUUAGUAAAAUCCUUGGUUUUGUUGGUAAGAGAUUAUUUUCCUAAUCUAACAAGUCUAUUAAGUAAAUUUUAUUUCAUUAAAAAGUUGAGUCAUUCAACGUACAACUUUGACUUGACCAAAUUUACUAUUCUGUUAUGCAACUUUGAAUUUGCAAUGGUAAAUUGAAUUACUUUCAUAAUUUAUUAAAGCAAAAACAAAAUAGUGAAA